CCGUGCUCCUGCGUCUGUUGUGAUUCUGCUGCAUAAAGGUUUACGUUUUAAAUUGUUUGAGCCUUUUGAAGUUUAACAUAAUUAAAACGAUGCAAACAGUUUAAUUGUUUUAAUAGUUUUUACAAGCUAUUAUUAAUGUUAUAACGUUACACCCAAUAACAAGUAAUUUCUUUAACCAACACAUAUAAACAUUAUUUCUUUAAAGCUCAUCCACGCGUGAAAAGCAAAAAAAAAAAAAAAAAAAGAAAAGAAAAAAAACUGUAGGCUCUCUAACUUUAUAUAGUGAAUCAGUUUAUCUUAAACACGAAUGCAGGCACUGGCAAGUAGUGAUGGAGAAACUGAGUUUAUGAAACUCCGAGUCAACUGAACCAUUGCUUCGCAAAACGAUUCACUUUUGAAGCGCUCGAAUCACUGCACCCCAUAGAGAGAAAUAAAUAUAUUAAACACAACGACACGCUUACUACACAUGCUGCUCUAAACACUGUAAAUGAAACGAUAAUAACAAAUACUGAAUGGCAACUUUUAUCCCAUUCCACGAUAAAAGAUUAAUCUAUUAUAUAUUUUAUUUGAAUGCUUUGCAAUGAUCGUUUUGAGUGUUCUUUUGGGUUUGGCUGGCAAAUCAGGCCAACUGAAGAACUGACUCCUUGCCAGUACCCUGACUGCAGAACUAGGGAGCUGAGUGAGAUGCAACCAUAGGAUUUAUUUUUCUUAGUGUAAACUAUUCUCAUAUUAAACAUGACUGUGUUCACACACACAGAAAAACUCCUGGUGAAAUAACUGAGAUCCAUGCGACACUAUUAUAAAGAUGGCAUUUAUUAAAGAAGAGAGUGAAGACCUGCAGAUUGAAGAAGCGUUCAGAGUCAAACAUGAAGAUACCGAGCAACAAACAGUGGAAGUUGGAGAGGAUGAUGAGGGUGCCACAACCAAUUCAGAAUCUGUCUCUCUUGAGUCUGUGGUGUCAGAGGGAGAAGACAAUACAUCCUGCAGCUCGCUGGAGAGACCUGAUGUUGCUGAAAGAGGAGAGUCAAGAACUGAGUGAAAUGGAAGACAAACAUAAGAAAAAUCAUUAUUUCAUGACUGGAGAAAAAUCCACACAGGCUAAAAAGACCUCACGAAAAAGAGCCCGGAAGACCAAAUCUAAAUCUAACUACACCUGCCGUCAGUGUGGAAAGAGUUUCAAUCAAAAAAACAAUCUUGAAGUCCACAUGAGAGUUCACACUGGAGAGAAACCUUUCAGCUGCCAACAGUGUGGAAAAAGUUUCACUCAAAAACAAAACCUUAAAGUCCACUCAAGAAUUCACACUGGAGAGAGCUCUUUCACCUGCCAAGAGUGUGGAAGCAGUUUCACUCAGAAAAUAAACCUUAAAGUCCACAUGAGAAUUCACACUGGAGAAAAGCCUUACACCUGCAAACUCUGUGGACAGAAUUUUACACACAAAAACAACCUUAAUUCCCACAUGAUAACUCACACUGGAGAGAAGCUGUUCACAUGUGAUCAGUGUGGAAAGAGUUUCACACGCAAGGUAACCCUUAAUUACCACUUGAGGAUUCACUCAAGAGAGGACUGUUUUACAUGCCAUCAAUGUGAGAAAAAUUUCUGUCAUAAAUUAAGCCUCAAGAAUCACAUGAGAAUCCACACUGGAGAAAAGCCUUAUUCGUGCCCUCAGUGUGGAAGGAGUUUUACAUAUAAACCAUCCCUCGAUUCCCACAUGAGAACUCACACUGGAGAGACCCCUUAUACCUGCAAAUAUUGUGGGAAGAAGUUCUCUCAAAAAGGAAACCUUCAGACUCACAUAAGGCUUCACACUGGAGAGAAGCCUUUCUCAUGUCUUCAAUGUGAAAAGAGUUUUACAUAUCAAAGAGACCUUAAACAACAUUUACAAACUCAUUCGGGCAAGACAUAGCAUUGUUACCUCCGUGUAGUAAGUACACUGAUAAAAAUAUCAAGAAAAAUUAAUCAUUUAAAAAAAUCAUGUGCUUUUAAUCUGAGGGACAAUUUAAUUGUAUGAUUGUAAUUUAAAAAAAAAUGUUAAGUCAUGCAGAUGUGAGACCCUAUUUUGUGUUUGUAUGUGUUUAGAAAGAGGUGUUAACUGGAUCUGCAGUUUAAAAUGUCAGCAGAAAAUAUUUAUCUAUGUAAAAUUAUUUAUUUCCCAUCAGUGUUUAAAAUCAGUUGCCACUAGGGCUUGAAGUAGUGAUGUCCGGUUUGCAAACGAAUCGUUCGAUUUAACCAGUUCUUAUUAUGCUGCGUUUUCCACCGAAAUUACCCAGAACAAUUGUACCAGGAACUUGUUUCCUCAGGAACUUGUUUCCCCUAAAGUACCGGGAAGAUUAGGCAUAUAGACUGGUGACGUAGGUCUGCGCACGUUUCUCAAUACAAGAAACGCUGAUUUUGGACGUGCAUCCUCGGUAGUUCAGACUUUGCUUAUUCGACUCGGGAGUGUGAUGUCCACGACGACGCAAAUCCGGUAAUUCUGCAAAUAGCAGCAUACUUCAUAACUUCAGUCAGCUCACCUUGGCUACUGCAGUUUUCCUCACUGUA